CUUUUCCUCUGUGGUGGCUGGCUACCGCAGCUCCACUCCACCCGCCACACUGCCACCUACAAGCGGAUAACGCGAACAGACAGGAAGUGGGAGCUAACUGUCUGAGCUGCCUGCAUUUCAAUGGACAGUGAUAGGGGAGGAAGAGGAGGCAGAGGAGGGAGAAGAAAUCGUGGUGGAGAGGACAAGGAUGUCCGCCUGUCCAAAUCCAUAUCCUAUGCUCUUCGCCAUGGAGCCAAGCAGAUGGGUCUUCAAAUGGGUACAGAUGGCUUUGUGUUUGUGGAGGAACUCCUGGCUCACCCGCAGUUUCGCUUAUACUCAUUGGAAGAUGUCGAGAGAGUUGUGGCCACAAAUGACAAACAGCGCUUCAAGCUCUCUCCCCACCCAGAAGAUGGACGCCUGCAGAUUCGAGCUAAUCAGGGCCACACAGUGCAGGUAAGGGAUUUGGAGCUGAAACCGGUCCUGGCUGGUUCUCCAGACUGCCCAGCUGAGGCUGUUCAUGGCUCCUACCUGUGCAAAUGGAGCUCCAUCCAGCAGCAGGGCCUGAGCCGCAUGAAGAGGACACACAUACACCUGGCAUCAGGCCUCCCUGGGGAGGAUGGCAUCAUCAGCGGCAUGAGGAAAGACUGUGAUCUAGCCGUGUUUAUCGAUGUGCCCAAAGCUCUUGCCGAAGGUAUUGAAUUCUUCUGGUCAGAGAACGGUGUAUUGCUGACUGCAGGCAACACAGAAGGAAAACUUCUUCCGAAAUACUUCAGUCGAGCCUUAAGACUGAGGCCUACAAGGAGCAUCCUGCCGCUGCAGUAGCCGCAGGGGAUACUGAUUUGUCAUUGGUCGCAAGAAGGCUCACCUGACUUUGCUAGCAUCCCAUGGUUGGUUGAUACUUAUCCUAGUUCCCUUGGUAACAUUUGUUGUUUGGCAGGAACAUCCUUGUGAGGCAAUUUUGGUCAGAAAUAGGAGAGUGCAUUCAGAAUUUAUCCUAAAUGGGACUAAAUUGGAAAACUUUUAAUUUUUGUGUUAUUAUUGAAAGGAUCAGUAUGGCUGUAGAGAAACCUUAUUUUUAUAUGAGAAUUCAACCAGUUCAUGUUGACAAUUGUCACUUUUUAUUUAUAAGUAUAGAGGCUUUGUUUUCUCUUUUGCAUUGUUUGUAAUAAAUAAACUUGAUUGACUGCCAAGACAGUUUUUACCAAGCAGCUGUAAAAUAUGUAAUAAUGGUUACAAUCAGAUACAAUAACUGUUGGCAACAACCAGCCAGGCCUUUAAAUAAACGAAAAUGAACAUUUGAA